UGUUAGCCCCCAGGGAUUCUUACACAUACUUCUGAUGACAGAGCUCGGGUACUGCAGACGGGCCAACUGAAAUGCUUUUUAUGAGUGAACUGCUCUGUUUCUUUUGACAUAUAACUAUAUAUAUAUAUUUUUAAAGUUCAUUCCUGACAGUUGGAGUGAUGCUGGACUGGUGCUGUUUAAAUGAAACAAAACGAAUAUGUGCUGUGGACGGUUUCUGCACUAGCGGGACCACUAGUUGGGUAGAUGAGGGCCAAUUUAAAUGGAGCACUGGAUUAGCCUUCCGCUAGUUGAUGGACUCUAAAUACUGGAAUACAAUCUGUACUAAUUAAGGAGGAACUAAAGUAAUCUAUGACCUUCAUGUAUCCAGGGUCAUCAGUAGACAGAAGGGGAGGUGCACAUUUAUUUCAGUGUGAAACCAAAAUGGGGGAAUAUGAUAAUGACUUUGAUGGAUGUUAUUUAGAAGGAAAUGAUACAUUAUUGGAUUCAGUCAAUGGCUCUUGCAAAAAGAAGACAGUUAAUCUGAAUAAAUCUGAAGCUCACAUGGACGCUGAUGAUGAGUGCCACUAUGGGGUUCUUCUGACUUUGGCAGACUGUGAGGAAGAUCCAGACUACGCCUCCAUAGCUGAGGGUUGCAGCUCCCCAGUGCAAUUUGACUCUGGGAUUAGGCCUGGGGAGCACAGAAUUAUCAAGCACAAGGCCAGCACCAUCACUUUCUCAGAUUAUGGGUUUUCAAGCAGUGGUUUGUCGAGCACGAGCGCCGAGCUUUUCAUAAACGAAGGCUCGGAUGCAGAUUCCUCUUCUUCCGAAGGUGAGGAUGAUGUUUUCACUGAGCUCCCACAGUACAGGGAGUUUCUGAUAAGCAGGCACAGGAGGACAGUGAGUCGGAACAAACAAAAGGAAGAACCUCUUAAUAGGAUCCCUGAAGCCCUGCCAGGAUGGUCCAGGGACACACGUGAGUCUAGCAGCACCAGCAGCAAUGAAACAGAGGAGGACUUCAAUAUGAAGCAGGAAGCAGUACAGUCCCCAUGGUCACAAUCAAUGACACAACUCAUGAAGAAGCUGGAUCAGCUGAAUGUAGAUAUUGAAGAAGCCCUCAGUGCCAGCACUUCACCGUCGGGCACUCCUGCUGUUAAACGCAGGGAGACAUGUGCCGUUACUUUGGAGACUGCACUUAACCAAGCCCUGCACAAGAAAAAGCUGGUCAAAAACAAGGAUCCAGAAUGCAGCAGGCUGGAUAGUUUACCCUAUUCAUCUUCUAUACUGCCAGGACUUGGAGCAAGACCAAAAGCGGAGAUGUCUUCGAAGAUGAGCAAAGAAGAAGCCGAAAUCGAAGCAAAAGAGGCAUGUGACUGGCUACGAGCAGCAGGAUUUCCUCAGUAUGCACAGCUUUAUGAAGAUUCUCAGUUUCCAAUUGACAUACCAGCAGUCAAAAGAGAUCAUGAUUUUCUUGAGAAAGAUCUUGUAGAGCCUCUUUGCCGGCGACUGAACACGUUGAACAAGUGUGCCUCUAUGAAACUUGACGUGAACCUUCCAAGAAAGAAAAGUGAAGACUCAGAUGAAGAAGACCUGUUUGCGAUCAGUGACAAAUGGACCUUCCAGCGGAGCAGCAGGCGGUGGUCCCGGCUGGAGGACAUUGACUCGUUCCUCUGCCGGUCGGAGAGCCAGGGCCCCCUGGAGAGCAUGACAUUGAAGAACACGACCAGCAGUGAGAGCGUAUUGACGGAGCUGAGCGAGCCUGAGGUCUCCUCCCUGCACAGUGAGAGCAGCGGAGGCAGCGAGAGCAGGAGUCUGGCAGCCACCAAUAGUGUGACCACAGACUGCUUUGACAGCUCGAAACGGAACUAUGCAGAAACCACAAUCAUGCUUGACUCCUCCUUAGUCACCGUCUCUCACCCACAGGCCCCCAAAGACAUAACAAACUAUGCGCUCUCUUUCAAGAAUGACAGGCAAACUAGGACCAAAGCCAAGGACUUUCUGAAGCGGAUGGAAACUCUAAGAGCUAAAAGUACAUCUGGAAAAGCAAAGUGCUCUGGGAAAUCAGGCACUGUAGUGAUUAGCGGCCCUAUGCUGCAGCAGGAGCCUGAGUCACUAAAAGCAAUGCACUGUGUGGAUUUAGUAAAUGGAGAUCUGAAGGGAUUGCUGGUGGAGCCAUCUCAAGGCUGCUCCUCCUUGCAGUCCAGCAGUGACAGCAGCCACUUGGAAACUAGCGACAGCACAGUGAGCACGCCCAGCCUGAAGGACCGCAAGGCCCUUCAUGCCAUCCAUAAGCGCAGUGGCAUGUACCUGGAGGAUGUUGACAUCUUCUCAGGGUCUCACAUGAAGAAAGUGGCAGAGCAGAACCGCAGGAACGAGUUCCGCUCGCACGAGAACCUAGUGGUGCACAUCCCCAAGGACCACAAGCCCGGCACCUUUCCCAAAGCGCUCUCCAUUGAGAGCCUCUCGCCCACCAACAGCGGCUCUUCUGUGAACUGGCACACUGGAAGUGUCUGUCUGGACAGGAACCCCCCACAUUCCAAAGAGCCUCGGCCCACCAUCCAGUGCUUCCCCCGAGGAAGCCGGAUCAGCAUUUAUGAUAAUGUACCUGGAUCUCACUUGUAUGCCAGCACAGGGGACUUGCUGGACCUGGAGAAAGAGGAUCUUUUCCCCCACUUGGAUGACAUUUUACAACACGUCAACGGACUGCAGCAGAUCGUGGACCACUGGUCCAAAAACGUCUUGCCCGAGGAUGGGUCAAUACAUGGGGAGUCUGGCUUACAAUCUUCCAGUCAGAUCACUCUGGAUUUUGAAGGGAAUUCUGUAUUGGAUGGUAGGAUUACUCCAAGUGACAGGGACAAGGAUGGUGUUUCCCUGAAUGAGUCAGAGUCAGUGGGAAUGAGAGAAAGGAGAGACUCUGGAGUUGGAGCGUCAUUGACCCGACCGAACAGGAUGAGAUGGCCCAGCUUCCAAAUCUCCCAUCGUCUGAGCCACUCCAUGGCCUCGCUGCAGAUCAGGAACCAAUCAGCGGGACAGCUGAGUCUCCUGCAGAGGUUCUCCCUCCUCCGCCUUACAGCCAUCAUGGAGAAGUACUCCAUGUCAAACAAGCACGGCUGGGCCUGGUCUGUGCCAAGGUUUAUGAAGAGGAUGAAAGUACCCGACUACAAAGACAAACAUGUCUUUGGUGUUCCUUUGAUAGUGCACGUGCAGAGGACUGGGCAGCCGCUUCCCCAGAGCCUGCAGCAAGCAUUGCGUUUCUUGAGGAGCCAGUGUCUGGACCAGGUCGGGCUUUUCCGGAAGUCUGGAGUAAAAUCCAGGAUUCUGGCUCUGCGGCAGAUGAUUGAGAGCUCCCCAGAAAACGUCAACUACGAGGACCAGUCUGCCUAUGAUGUGGCCGACAUGGUGAAGCAGUUUUUCCGAGACCUUCCUGAGCCUCUUCUCACGAGCAAGCUGGGGGAGACCUUCCUUCACAUCUAUCAAUACGUGCCCAAGGACCAGCGCCUACAGGCUGUGCAAGCUGCCAUCAUGCUGAUGUCCGAUGAGAACAGGGAGGUCUUGCAGACUUUGCUCUGUUUCCUUAGUGACGUCACAUCAGUGGAAGAAAACCAGAUGACCCCGAUGAACAUAGCAGUCUGCCUCGCACCUUCUCUGUUCCACCUCAACAUACUGAAGGAAAACUUGUCACCAAGAGCAAUGCAGAAAAAAUAUGCAACGGGGAGGCCAGACCAGAAAGACCUUAAUGAAAACCUGGCAGCUACCCAAGGCCUGGCUCAUAUGAUCAUGGAGUGCAACCGGCUCUUUGAGAUCUCCACUGAGAUGGUGACACAGUCACGGAACUCGUACGUGGAGGCAAACAUCCACGCCAUGACUUUGGAGGAGAUGGGUAAGCAGCUAGAAGAAGAUAGCGGGACUUACCAGAUGUACCUGGAGAACCUCACACAGGCUCUGCUCAAAGAGGCCAGGGAGAAGUCCAAAGGCUGGGUCACCUGCUCCAGUGCAGAGAACACGGAACUUGCUUACAAGAAGGUCGGUGAUGGUAACCCCCUGCGAUUGUGGAAGGUGUCUGUCGAAGUGGAGGCUCCCCCAUCAGUCGUGCUGAACCGCGUGUUGCGAGAGCGCCACCUGUGGGAUGAUGACUUUUUACAGUGGAAGGUGAUCGAGACACUGGACAAACAGUCUGAAAUCUUUCAGUAUGUCCUCAACAGCAUGGCGCCCCAUCCUAGCAGGGACUUCUUAGUGUUGAGGUCCUGGAGGACUGAUCUGCCAAAGGGAACCUGUGCUCUUGUAGUCAUUUCAGUGGACCUUGAAGAAGCUCCUCCAAUCGGAGGUGUGAGAGCGGUUGUCUUGGACUCGCAGUAUUUAUUAGAGCCGUGUGGCUCAGGGAAAUCCAGGCUCACACACAUCUGCAGAAUGGAUCUCAAAGGUCGGACACCAGACUGGUACAGCAAAGCCUUUGGGUAUUUGUGUGCUACUGAAGCAGCAAGGAUCAGGAACUCCUUUCAUCCAUUGACAGCAGAAGGACCAGAAACCAAAAUCUGAAUUGAGAGCUUUAUCAAGGGGCACAGCGUGGAGGAUUGUGAAACAAGUAGCAAGGCCUGGGAUUAACCUAUCCAGUGUGAAAGUAAUACAGCCUUAAACAAGAUCAUUAAGAGAUAUCGGUGACGUAACAUAUGUGAAGCACUCGUUAUUGCCUCAACAAAAAUGUGAGCCUUGCUCACUGAUGCUGGAAUACAUCACCUUUUGUGAAAACUAUUCAGCCAACCACAGCUUUAUCAUACAUUGUAAUAUUGUUAUUAUUUGUAUUAUUAUUUGCAUUAUAUUCUACAAUGUCUAGGACAUUAUCCAUGCUUUGCACAUCAGAGCAGAUAAAAGCUUCUGAGAAGCAGGUAUAUUUUAUAAAUGUUAAAUACAAAGCUAAAUAUACAUAUAUAUAUAAUGCUCUUUUUUACCUUCAUCCCUUGCUUAUUAUAUUGAUUUCCCUACUGCAUUGUAAUUCUAAAAAAAAAUGUAAGCUGGUUUUAUUAAUCUUUUACAGUACCAUUUCGCAGUCAGUGUAAUUCAGUGUGACUGCUACCCUGUUGCUCUUGGGGGUAAAUUCAUGGUGAUUCAGGUUUGAAAUAGUACUGUAGAAAUCUGACGAGGGUAAAUAUAGGUUUCCAAAAGUGCAAUUUUUAAGAAAACAUUAAAAGGAUUUUGUGUAAAA